AUGACACAAAAAGUGAUUCUAGUCACUGGUGGAACAGGUCUCGUUGGGAGCGCCAUCAAACAGGUAAGUACGGUAGAAAUGUUUAUUGUUUUUUUUUCAAAAAAAGAUUAUAGAUUGUUGAAAGUGAAGAGAGACGAGACGACGAGAGAUGGGUUUUCUUGGGAAGUCGUGAUUGCGAUUUGACGAGUCUUGAAGCGACAAGGUAUGUUCGUUUAGAAAUUUGGGUUGUGAAGACACAUGUCUAUGAAAAAAUUUAUUUUUGUAGAAAAUUGUUCGAAGAGCUGAAACCAACACAUGUAAUUCAUUUGGCAGCAAUGGUUGGAGGACUUUUUCACAAUUUGGCGCAUAAUUUGCAAUUCUUCAGGAAAAAUAUGGUGGGUUUUUUGGAGAGAGGAUUUUUGAUUUUUUGAACAAAGUUUUAAGCAGGAAUAUUUAUUGGGUUACUGUAAUUUUUUAGUCGAAAAAUUUGGAUUUUCGAAUUGGAUCAGAUUUCUGUAGAUAAAAAUAUGUAAUAUUAAAAACAUUUCGAGCUACAGUAAUCUGGAAGUUAUUAAAAGAUUACUGUAAAAAGCUUUAUGAAAACUUUUUGAAAUAGCAGCUAAUACUUUUUCAUCGCGAAAUUUUCGUCAGCCCUGGUCAGGAAUCUGAUUUUUUCACAAAUAUGUCACAAUUUACAUUUUUUCAGGCCAUCAAUGAUAAUGUAUUGGCACUUUGCCAUGAAUUCGAUGUUAUCAAAUGUGUUUCCUGCCUUUCCACAUGUAUUUUCCCUGAUCAAACUACAUAUCCAAUUGAUGAAACAAUGGUUCAUAAAGGACCACCACAUGAUUCAAAUUUUGGAUAUUCUUAUGCUAAAAGAAUGAUUGAUGUAUUAAAUCGUGGAUAUUCACAAGAACACGGUCGAAAAUAUACAUCUGUUGUACCGUGUAAUGUAUUUGGACCAAAUGAUAAUUAUAAUUUGCAAGCUGGACAUGUUUUACCAGCAUUGAUUCAUAAAACAUAUGUGGCAAAGAAAAAUGGAAAAGAUUUGCAAGUAUUUGGAUCUGGAAAACCAUUGAGACAAUUUAUAUAUUCAUUAGAUUUGGCCAGAUUAUUUAUCAGAGUUUUGCGAGAAUAUGAUGAUAUUGAGCCAAUUAUUCUAUCAGUUGAUGAAAAAGAUGAAGUUUCAAUUGGUGAUGCUGUUAAAUCAGUUGUGAAGGCGAUGGAUUUCAAAGGAGAAAUAUUGUAUGAUACAACAAAAGCUGAUGGACAAUAUAAGAAGACUGCAUCAAAUAAGAAAUUGAGAGAAUUGUUCCCCGAUUUCGAAUUUACUCCAUUUGAUGUGGCAAUUCGCGAAAGUGUUGAAUGGUUUAAUGAGAAUUAUGAGAAUUGUAGAAAAUAAUUUGAUUUGGGGUAGAAUAUUUAAUAAUUUAUGUAUUAGAGCAUGUGUUUUUUGGAUAUUAAACUUGGUUUUUUGAAAUGAAGAUUGUAUUGAAAAAUAAGGAGAGAAUAGGAGAAAAGGUUUCUAGGAAUUUUCGUGUUCAAGUCACUCGAAAAACUUGUACGUGUCAUUGCUCAUGUUAACAUUUGAUGAUUCAUUUGACCAAACCAAACCAAAAAAAGCCAAAUCGUUGUAACAUUUUUUGGCGAUGACGAAUCGCGGACAGAAUUUUCUAGAACAUUUAUUUUUUCUCGGCUCCGCCCAUUUUUCCCUCAAAGAGCCAGAAUUGAUCAUUUAUGAUUUAUAUUUUCGCCAACAACUUGGAUUAUUGUAUCUAGACUACAGUAAUAUUUUUGUUCAUUUAUUAUUUUUGGAUAAUGGCGGGAUCAAUGUUCUACUGUUGAAUAUUUAUGAAGGAAAUGGUGUGGAGAGGUGAGAAAAAAUUUUGAAAAAAAUCUAGGUGAUCCGUAAGAAUCUGACCUCUUACUACACUUUCAUUGCAAUUGGUAAGAGUCCCUAAAUAAAUUUAAAUUGUUCACCCAGUUUUUUUUGAAAAUUGUGUAUUCUGGAGGAAUCGAAAACCAAUAGAAAUCAAUAUUUUCCAGAUCAACAAUGUCGGUGAAAUCAAAAAGUCCUAUCAAACGUGGAAAAAAUUUCGAGGAGAAAUAUAUCAAUUCAGGAGUACUGUAUCUAAACUACAGUAAUCUUAUCGAUCAAUCAAUAUUUACAUAAUCUGUUGGAACGGUAAGAGACAUUUCAAAUUUUUAUUUUUGGAACCAAUUUUGUUACAGACGGGAGCUGUUUUUGGCAACAAGAUAUUUUCAAAAGUUGAAAAUUAAUCAUAAUUCCAACCUCAUAUAAAGAGGAGCGCACGCACUUUUGAGAAAAAAGUAUGUUUUAUUUGGAAAUUUAAUGAACUCCAAUUCAAUUUAUUUAUUUACAGAAAAAUGUAA